AUGGAUGCCGUUGUUGAAAAUCAAGUGCUCUCCAAAAUCAGUGAAAAACAAGAUGUGUUAUUAGAAUUACAAAAAAAUCGAAGAAUCAAAUUAGUGAGACAAUUGAAAGAGCAAGAUGUGAAGACUCGUCGUAAGUUUGCCGGCUGCUCAAAAUCGCCGACUUUGAAAAUUAUUUGUGCAAUACAAUAUUUUCCAGUUCAAUUCGUAGAAUCAUAUGAUUACAAUAUUAUUCGAGGCUUAGAGGGGGAUGCUUUGUUCCGGAAAAUGGAACAAUUUGAUGUUAUUUCACUUCCAAAUUGUUGUCCACUGAAUAUGCAUCGGAUAAAUAAUCAAAAUGUGAGUUUGCAACAACAACAAAAACGUUUUGAUAUUACCAAAAUGUUCAUUUUCAGCAAUGGAUUUGUGACCACAAUAAUAUCAAUGUACUCGAAGGAACUAUUUUUGAAGGAUUACAUUUUCCGAUUGCUGAAAUUCUCGAAAUACUCUUACGCUAUUGCGAUGGGUAAGUAGAUUGAGUUUUUGAAUCGAGAAAAAUGAAUUAGAAUACGAAAAGUUAAAAGAAUGUUCGGUGGAUUAGAAAAAUGUAUCAGUAUUUCUUAUUUCAGCGAAAAACAAUAUGUUAUUGAUCGUGAUUACAAUAAAACAAAUGUAAAACUGGUAUGUCAGAUGUUUAGAAGAGCGAAAAUUUUGUGAGUGUUCAUUCAAGUUUUUACAUAUGAUAUGUUUCUUACAGAAAAUAUGUGAAAUCGAAUGAAGGCAAACUUAAUGCAUUUUUUCAAAACACGCUUCAUAAAAAAAUUAUCGAAAAAUAUGGAUAA